AACAGUUUCUGGUUCGACAGUGCGGAGGUUGACUUAGAUGUCGAUGGUCUGUGUUGUUUCCUUGACGGUCAUCUUAUUUUAUGGCUUUUUUUUAUAAGAUAAUAUUCGAUUUGUCGGUUCACGGAGGAGCAAGCGUUGGAUUGUGUUGACGUUUCUUCUUCUUAUCAAGAGAGAGAAAACCCUGCUGCUGUCACCAUGAGCUCUGUCAAAUCAUCUUUGCAGUCUCUGAUGAAGAUGUUUGUGGUUAAAACACAAGAUUUUUUGAAUGACAUUGACAAUGUCCACAUGGUUUGGCUUGAGGAGAUCCAACAAGAGGCCAACCUCAUGUUCUCAAGGGACUUUAAUUCUGAACCAGAGUUAAUGCCCAAAACGCCAUCACAAAAGAAGAAUAGUCGCCGGAAGCGCGUGUCUGUUGGCCGACAGGAAGAAGUCAGGCGAAGGUUCUCAAAGAGUCGCCGUAGUAAUCUUCGCGGCUCCUCUGUCAAGCCACUGAACUUCAUUUCUGAAGAAGCCAUUGCAGAUGAUUCUGCAGCUGAAAGCAGCACCAGCAUGCGGCCAAAACGCUCUACUCGCAAAACCAAACAAACCAAGGCGGCGAUUACGGAGGAUGUGAACCAGCUUUCCCAUAUAAUCUCUGACACUGUAGAUGCUUGUAAUAAAAAGCCAGAGCUUGUUGACGAUGAAGGCGUGGCUAAAAAUAGCGAGUUGGACAAUGCAGACGUCCAGCUGGAUGAGUCGCGUGACGUUAGCCAUUCUCCUGUUGCGAUACCAUCACCUGGCGUCGUCGUCAGCAUCCCUGCAUCGGAGCGUUUGUCUGCUGAGGAAGCGACACAGCCCAAAGCCUCUCCUGGACGCUCCGCUGCCAAAAUUGCAAUCGCCGGCAAGGGCAGAAGCUCACGGCGGAGCUCUAUGAGGUGCUCGUUGAAGGUGCGGCACUCCCUCGGCGGUUUGCGGCACAGCAUGAUGCAGGAGUCUCGGCGCCGUACCUCCCGGCAAUCCAUGCUGAAGAAGAAGGCGGCUCGCAAGGCCAACUCAUCACGUAGCAGCAACAUUGACACCACUUCGUCCUGUGAAUCCAUGGAAGAGGCGGACGAAGUAGCAUUAGAACUCGUGACUGCAAAUCCAGAAGCUGCUGCGACUGAUGCUUCAGAUGAUUCUCCUCAGACAACUGUGAGUGAGCAGCCAUGCUUGGCACGCAUCACUCGUUCUGUGGCGGCAAAUUCUCCUAAACUGGCCCCGCCUUCGCUGUUUACCCCUGAGAGGAACAAUCUACAAACAGCAGACACACAACAGUCUCCACAGGCCAGUCAAAGGUCAACUAAUAGCAUCAAGCGCAAAGCACCCUACACAACGGCGGAAAGCCCUACAAAGAGGUUCUCUCCUCCCAAGAAGAGUCAGAGUGCUCUCAGACCGAACAUGAAAUCAUUUCUUCACACUGUGCAGAAGAAUCAGAUGUUGAUGAUGACUCCGAAUUCCUUCACCCGGAAUACUCUAGUCAAGUCCUUCAUUAAACACGCCACCCCUCUGAAGAUUGAUACUAAGAUGAGCAUGAAUGUAGUGGCAAAAGAACGGCAAAAGUUGGAAGCACUUAAAAAGAAGCAGGAACAGGAAGAGGAGCGAAUGAGGAAGAUGGAGGAGGAGAAGAAAAAGAAACAAGAGGAAUUCAAACGGAAGCGGGAUGAGAGGCUAAGAAAGGUGUUUGAGGCCAAAGUGAAAGAAGAGCUGAGAGAAGAAGAAAAAAAGAAGAAGAUUGAGCAAAAAAUGGCCCACAUUGAUGAGAAAAAUGAUAAGCGUCAGGCGGCAGAGAUGGCCAAAAAAAGAACUGCCAUGAAACGUCAGGAAGAACUUGAACUGAAACGAAAGCUGGAAGAAGAAACUAAAAAGAAGAAGAUUCAGCAAGCGGAAGAGGAGAAGCGCCAACAAGAAUUGCUGGCAAAGAAGGCCAAGGAGGAAGAAUUGAAAGCCAAGAAGCUGGCAGAAGCUCGCAGAGCUUUGGAGCUGAAAAAAGAGCAGGAGCGGGAGAGGGAGCUGGAGAGAGAACGCCUGGCUGCUGCUGAAAGGGAGCGAGUCGAAAGAGAGAAGGCUCUCGCUCUUCAGCGGGAACUGGAAAGAGCAGCUCGAGAGAAGGAGCGAAAAGAACUGGAGGAGAAACGAAAACAGGAGGAGCAGCAAAAAUUAGCCGCAGAGGAAAAGGCUAUGACAGACAAAGAGGCUGCUGCCAAACAAGCUGCUAAUGCAAAGACUGCCGUUGCCCUCAAUGUAACUGUGGAUAUCGAGCAUUCUGUGAUGAAAACGCCUACAGCAAAAGGCGGCGGCGGCCUCAACGUCACCGUGGAUAUUGAGAAAUCACCGCAGUCAUAUUCUAUCACUCCAAAGGGUGGGAACAAAACUGUGACUUUGUCCAAAAAUCCAGAAAACUAUGGAAUGGACCAAAACAGUGACGAUUCCACUGAUGAUGAGUCUGCUCCAAGAAAGCCCAUUCCAUCUUGGGCAGAAGGUCACAAUCUACAGCAGAUUAUUAUGAAGCAGUACUUCAACCCUCCUGACUUGGAUGCUUUCUUUGGAACAAUCGAGCCGCCCAAACUGGAGAACCUGUUUUACAAAAGCAAACCGCGCUACUUUAAACGCACCAGCUCUGCUGUGUGGCAUUCACCCCCCAACGCAAACAAAUACUGAUGCAGUGAUGCCAUUCUGUACACUUUUUUUUUUUAAUUCUUUCUAAUAAAAAUGAUGUUCUCUGUUUUUAUGAAAAUAAGUGUUAAAUGUCUACGCAGGAAAUCGUUUGGGAUAUUAAAUGUCGACAAUUCA